CAUAGAAUGAUACAACACAUAGCAUCAAAAUAUAGUGUGGAGCCGCUAGGCCACCGGUAUAUAGACCUGGAUACGGUUAUCAGACAACAGAGAAAGAUUUUUCUCGACUGACCAAAAUUGUUUUUUUUUAUAAAAAAAGAUUUUUUUUCUUUUCUACUGAAAAUACUAUUUAAAUACAUGCCUACAAGUCCACUUGUUACAAUAAUACUAAUAACAGUGACAAACAAAAUUAGUAUUAUUACUUCUGAUUACAUAUACACUAGAUAGGCAAAAAAAACUCAUUAUACACUCUCUGCUUAACAUACACAUAUAUGAACGCUUAAAUUAUAUCGGCCAUAAACGUGUAUCCUACAGCGAUUUGAAUAGUACACAUAUAUUCUAUUUACACUAUCCUUUUAAUCCAACUGUGGAAGUAUAUUACUGAAGAAAACUAAAACAUCUAUUUUAAAGUAUACGAUAAUGAUUCAAUUGAAUUUAAAAUAUUACUAUUGUGUUGCAUCAUUAUUUAUAGUUUAUAUUACAUGCAAUCAAAUUGUAUCCGUAAUAUCAACUGGAUGUCGUCUACCGAAUGGGACACCAAUGUGUUGUACUGGUCGAGAGAAGAAAUGCUUUGUUUACAAACCUCUUGUACAAUCAUCAAUAUCUAGAUAUUAUCCGUGGAAAAAGUAUCGUAGCACAACGGGACAGGCAAGCUCACUUGAUCGAUGCUAUUGUGAUGAAAGUUGUGUAGUGACUGGUGACUGUUGUCAUGAUUAUCAUUCAACAUGUCGAAAAUCUAAAGUGGAUUGUAGAGUCAGUGAAUGGGGUCCAUGGACAAGCUGUGAUUAUGCCUGUGGUCAAAGUACCAGUACUCGUUAUAGACAAAUAGAAAUUAAACCACAAAAUGAUGGUAAACCAUGUCCUGAGCUGAAUGAAACUAAACCGUGUAUGGGAGAUAAUUGUGCAAGAUUUGGAAGAUCUGGAACGUUGAUGGUACCUUAUGUUUAUAAUAUUAAAGCUGAGGUAGCCCACUUAUUGCCUGUACGUGGAGAUGUAUCGGAUAUGACUAAACGUUAUGAUAUGCGUUUCGAUGUGCGACGUAAACUUUAUCUGGGCAGAUUAAUAAAAAUGAAUAAAACUGAACAACCAGAACCUGAUCCAUACUGUGCCGUGUACGAAAUCACCCAUACAAACCAAGCUUGUCAUUCACAUAACUUAAUGUGGCAAUUUUCAUCUCGUGAUCGAUAUCCUCCAUAUUAUUAUUACCCAAAUCGUUACCGACGAAAUUAUAACUAUAAUGGUCAACCGAUUACUUUCAGCCGUAACACUUUUAUGCAUGAAAGACGAUACAAUUCACUUGGAAGCUUUACUAUGAAUAAAAAUGGAAAUAAUGAUGAAUUCAAUUCAGAGUCAUGGGUAACGCAUGCAGCACUGCUUACACCAGGGCAACAAAUAUGUGUCACCUGUUAUCCAACUUAUAUGCGUGAAGAUUUGGGCUAUAGAUGCACUGGAUCAGGUCUGCCAAAUGUUGAAACAAGAUGGCGUGCACUGCGUACAUCGGAUUGUCAAGGCAGAUUCCGCAUGGUCAGUAUGCCACAACGAUCGUGUACAUGUGGUCGAGAUGUAGCGUCUUUUGUGUUUGUUUAAUGCUAGAUGAAUUAGUAAGAGUUAGAACGUGUUUAUUAAAUUAUUCUUCCAUAAAUAUAUCUCUACUUCGACAUGUGACGACUCACAUUCAAAAAUAAUUAUUGUUUAUGUUUUACUAUGGCAAAUCAUUAAUUUGUUUAAAAAGUUAUAUAUGUUUAUUAUUAACAUGAUUAUUUCCGUGAUCUAGGAGUAAGGCAUUUAUUUCUUGAAGUAAUUAACCAAUUAACUGACAAUAAACAAUGAUCACUUUUUGAUAAAAUCAAACCUUUUAUCACUCACUAUUUAUACGUCAUUUUUUAUUGAUGGUAACAUUAAGAAAUCUUUGAUGAAUAUGAUUUUAUUCCCUUUGAUUCUACAGUUUUAAAAACAAAAUGAGUAUGUACAUACUACUCAUAUGAGGGAAUUCUAGUAAUUCAUUAAUUAAAAUGUAAAAUUUGCUAAUUCUUUUUUCCAAAGUCAAAAUAUAAUUAAUUAUUAGCCCUAUUAUACAAAGGAUCUCUUCAAUUAUCAGGGUUAGUUAUAUUAAAUUUCAUAUAUAUAUAUAUAUAUAUAUAU